UAACCCUUCAAUUCUCACCUCCACUCCACGAUCUGUUUUUAACCCAGAUAAAGAAAAAAAAAAAAUGAAGAAGAGUCUCUUCAUCUCCGUACUCUUGUACGCUUUCUUCUCUGCAGCAGCAACUGGAGACCACCAUGAUGAUUUGUGCGUAUACACAUUGUACGUGAAGACAGGAACCAUCUUCAAGGCAGGAACAGAUUCUAACAUCGGCCUUUCCCUCGGUGAUCCACAAGGCCGCUUUGUGUGGAUCCCUAACAUCUUAUCAUGGGGUCUAAUGGAGCCAUCUCACGAUUUCUUCGAGCGAGGUAAUCUCGACGUCUUCUCCGGCCGUGGCCCUUGCAUUGGCUCGCCCAUUUGCCGUCUCAACUUGACCUCCGAUGGGUCAGGGUACCAUCAUGGCUGGUAUUGUGACUACGUUGAGGUCACGUCCACUGGUCCACACAAGGAGUGUAGCCAGACCUUGUUCCACGUUGAUCAGUGGCUGGCUACCGAUGCACCGCCUUUUAAGUUGACGGCGGAGCUUGAUGGGUGUAGUUUGUUUGGUGCGUCUUCUAAGAAGGGGAAAUUUGUUGUUGGGAAUCGCAGUGGAUUAUCUGCUUCAGCUUCGUCACUGUUUUCUUUGGGUCUUUAAUUUCAUUUUCUUGGAUUUCUUUAAUUGUUAGCUGUUUUGUUUUUCUUCCCUAAUCAUGAGUAAUAAGAUUAAGAUCGUAAUUAAGGUUUUUAAUUCCUACA